UGUAAAAAGGUUUCAUGUAAAUGGGCCAAAUCUUAAAUCACUCUCUCGCAUACAAGAAGUCAUGAAGGUGCGGUCAUCUAUGAAGAAGAUGUGUGAAUUUUGUAUGACGGUUAAACGUCGCGGACGUGUCUAUGUGAUAUGCUCAGCCAAUCCUAAGCACAAACAAAGACAAGGCAUGUCAACUUUUGCAAAUGAGGGGCCAUCAAAUCCGGUGUCCUUGGAGAUAAACUCGGCCAAGCAGGAAAUUAGGCUACCUCUUACUUUGCGACUAGGUCCAGCCUCUAUUUUUCCCCAGUGGCACAACUUGUCCAUGUUGUAUGGAUGGAGGGUGGGCCUGACCUCUAUUCUCUUCAGGAAGUAGGAAAGGAGAUUAGCAAGUUUCUAUCCAAAUAUCACAAGCAAUAAAUGUGAAGAAGUUGAUAUCGUCAACGGUACUGGACUAAAGCCUCUAUCUCCCUCUCUUCUUUCUUUUGUAUUGGUUGAUGAAGUUAUCUCCUUGUACUUAACUUUUUUUUCUGCGCCAUUUUUGUUGUACCUCAUGGAUUUUGUUUCUCCGCUAGGAAGAUGGUCAACAAAAUGUACACUUGUAGCAUGUUUGGGUUUUCAGUGAAUUAGUGGAACACAAUUUAUAUGCCUUAUUA